AUGUUGGCCUCUUUCCAAGGACGACCAGGUCGUCGCUACAUCAGCCUAUUCCUCUUUAUCGGCAUCACAUGGUUCCUCAUUCACAACUUCCGUCCCUACGAGCGCUAUCGCACCGUGAGAAUCGGCGUUUACAACUACCUCCCCAGCAGCUACGACUGGAGCAGGCAGAAGAUUUCCCACCCGGUCGAGGACAUCCGGGCCCCCCCGAACGGCACAUUCAAGGUGCUUCCCCGAAUUCAAAAGGAGCGUUCCGACGACUACAAGGAAGAUACCGAGACAACCGCUAGAAAGGCGGCUAUCAAGGAGGCUUUCACCAAGAGUUGGCAGGCUUACAAGAAGCAUGCCUGGGGCCGGGAUGAGCUCGCGCCUGUCUCCCUCCAGGGAAAGACGACCUUUUCUGGCUGGGCUGCUCAGAUUGUCGAUGCCCUCGACACUCUCUGGAUUCUCGACAUGAAGGAUGAGUUCAAGGAAGCUGUCCAGGUUGUCGCCAUGAUUGAUUGGUCCCGCACCGGAGACGACUACCUCAACCUGUUCGAAGUGGCCAUUCGUCACCUGGGAGGUCUUCUCUCUGCCUACGAGCUCUCCGACGAGGCUGUCUUGCUCGGCAAGGCCAUCGAGCUUGGUGAGAUGCUCUACGUCGCGUUUGAUACUCCCAAUCGUCUGCCAUCCCACUGGCUCUAUUUCCAGGCUGCCAAGAGCGGCACUCAGCAGGCCGAUGAGCAAAUGUCUGGUGCUGCUGGUGGCUCCAUGUGUCUCGAGUUCACCCGCUUAUCCCAGAUAACUGGCAACCCCAAAUUUUACGAUGCUACCGAGCGCAUCAAGAAGUUCUUCUACCGCAACCAGGACAAGACCAAGAUUCCUGGUUUAUGGCCUCAUGUCAUGAACUACCGUGACGAAAAGGUUGGGGAGUCUCGAUUUACGCUCGGAGCUGGUGCAGAUUCCCUCUACGAGUACUUGCCUAAGAUGCACGCUUUGCUGGGUGGCUUGGAUCCUGAAUACGUCGAGAUGACUGCCAAGGCUCUUGACACCGCCACGAAGCACAUUCUUUACAAGCCUCGUAACCCUAACGAUCUCAACAUCCUCAUGUCGGGCAAUGUCCUGGCAGGCGAUGAGGGUACCAAGCCCGAGCUUACCGCUGAGAUGCAGCAUUUGACAUGUUUCAUCGGCGGCACUUACGCUUUGGCUGGUAAGCUACUCUCACGAAGUGACCUCCUUGACCUCGGUUCUCGUUUGACGGCUGGCUGCGUGUGGGCGUAUGACGCUUUCCCCACCAACAUCAUGCCUGAGAUUGCUCAACUAGAACCUUGUGAUUCCAUCACCAGCAAGUGCCGCUGGAGUGACAAGCCUGUGGAGAAGAAGGACAAGCUACCCGAUGGCUUCGUCCGUGUGCGCAACUCUGAGUACCGACUGCGCCCUGAGGCUAUCGAGAGUGUGUUUUACAUGUGGCGUAUCACGGGCGACGAGGUCUGGCGCUCUGCUGCUUGGCGCAUGUGGGAGGGCAUCGUCAAGCAGACUGAGACCCAAGAGGCAUUUGCUACAAUCAGUGAUGUCAACAGGAAGGGCAGCGACAAGCGGGACAAGAUGGAGACUUUCUGGAUGUCUGAGACAAUCAAGUACUUCUAUCUCACCUUCGACAACCCCAGUGUUAUCAGCCUGGAUGAUUGGGUGCUCAACACUGAGGCUCAUCCCUUUAAGCGCCCCAAGGGUGAAGAGGUGGAGGCGCCCGAGAAGAAGACAUCAUGGUGGAAGUUUGGACACUAA